GAAUUUAGCGGAACACACGACACGAAUAAGCCAAUGCAAGGCCAAACCGUCUAAGUUACAGCUGCAAAUGUACAAUACAAUUCGGGCCCAAAUUCGUGCUGAUUUGAUACAAAAAUGUGUCUCCCUUGUGGCAACAUUCUCGGUUUUCUGCCACUGUUGUGGAUAAUUGCUAUGCCAGUCGUGGGGUCUUUUUGUGGCCCAGAAACUGCUCUCCGGUUCUCUCUUCUCAUGAUGUUGUAUUCGAUGCUGGAAAGUUUCAUGAAGAAAUUUGUGAAUUUCCUUCUGCCUGUAUUCACCAUUGGAUUCUUCGUGGUCAUCAUGUGUCUUCCUAUUAGCAUUGUACCCUACCCACUGGUCUGGUUAUACGGUCAGCUGAUCUGGAUCACGGAACCCUUGAUCUUGUUUGUAGAAGCCAUCGGGGUGAUUCGAAUCUCUAUGAGGCUCAGCAAAGAGGUAACGGACCACAUUGAUGAUCAUGAGCUUCUUGCCAAGGGUUUAAUCAUCACAACAACAGUCAUAGCCUAUACAGCUUCUUUCAUCUUUGCCAUUAGUAUCUACAGGACAGGGUCGCAGCCAAUCACAUGCAUACUAUUGGUCAUCAUUCUUGUUUCUGUCAUCCAUCUUGCUAUGACGAUCAAAGCUGAUCACGGUAUCAUAUCCAAUUGUUCCAUUGUCUGCCUGUGCAUGAUAGGUUCCCUGUGUGCUGGAGUCUAUGAAUCUAAUCUUAUUCAUAAUCCCCUUCCAGAACCAAAGGAGUGGUCUGAUGAAUCAUUUGACCAUCUUUCACUAGUUCAACUUGUAUUAUCUACUGCAACAUCAAGUAUGAGUCAUGUAACCAAGGCAACUCGUUUCCUCUACAAGCUGGUCAGUCCUGUUCUAAUCUCCCUAAUCGUGGUUCGUACGGUCAGCAUACAGCAGGUUAUGGGUCAUCUGCUUACAAGAUUUUAUCAGUACAUGCUGGAUGACGAAGAGAAUGAGAUGGAAGAAGAGUCCUACCUAGAGGAGGUCAUCGAGGAACCAACCUGUCUUCCAAACGUACCGACGUGUUUAGAACCCUCCGCCCUCCCUACCAAACUCUCCCUCAUCUUUGUCUACACUCAGCUUGUCUUCCGAACCAUGUCCCUGUCCGGAGGGCAUCGCCCAUACCGGUCCCUGGUCCCCGCUGGCUUUCGGGAGGUGAUGUUGUCUGGAGUGUGGAAUCAAGUAGGAGUCUUCAGGAUGUUGCAGAUCUGUACCUUAGGGCUGGUCUACCCCUUGAGGUUACAUAGAGAAGGGGAGGAAGAUGAUGCCUGGUAGAAUCUUGGCGCUUCACCAUCGGUACCGAGGGUUGGUCUGAUCCUUUUGGUUGUGUAGAUAUCGGGAGAAAGAUAGUGAUUGGUAAAUUUCUGGUCCUUUUUCGAGAUCUGUACCCUGUGGUCAGUCUACCCCUUGAGGUUACAUAGAAAGAGAGAAGGAGAUGGUGAUUAGUGAAAUCUUGAUCUUGAUUGGUAAAUGCUGGUCCUUUUCGAGAGAUCGGUUCCCGUGUGGUCGGUCUACCCCUUGAGGUUACAUAGAAAGAUGGAAGGAGAUGAUGAUUAGUGAAAUCUUAAUCUUUCCAUGAUCUGUAACUUGGUUUAGUCUACCCCUUUGAGGUGACAUAAAGAGAGGAAAAAGAUGAUGAUUUGUAGAAUCUGGACACUUUCAUGAUCUGUACCCUAGGAUUGGUCUGCCCCUUUAGGUUGUAUAGAGAGGGGGAGGAAGAUGAUGUUUUGUAGAAUCUGCAGCCUUUCACGAUCUGUACCCUUGGGUUGGUCACCCCCUUGAGGUUACAUAGAAAGGGGAAGAAGAUGAUAAUUGAGAGAUACUGGACCUUCUCACACAGAAGUAAAGCUGGUCCUUGCUGGCUUGAACAUGAUGUAAAUGGACAAAUCUGUAAGUCAAGACCUAGAAAAAAAGAGACAAUGUUGAACUUGUACCUAGACUUAAGGACUCAGGGUGGUCAUGGUGAAAUAGGCUGUAUGCAGAAAUGAAGGGAAUAAUCUUGUACAGUGACAAAAGUGAGCCAUGUUUGCUUGAGCUUGGUAUAAAUGGAAGGUACUAGGCCCCGGGCAAGGGGGGGAUGGGAUACUCAAAUUAUUUUUUGAUUUGUGCCUCUCAAAACUCUGAAAUGGGGGUCUAAGGAACUGACUAAAAGGGUAAAGUAUGGGUUCUUUGGAACUAAAUAUAUACUGCUUGGUGUGAAAAACAGGGUCUACGGAACAGUAUCGCGGCACUGUAGGAAUAGCGCUGUUCUUGCGCUAGCCAUGCAUAAAGCGACUAUCAGUUAUAAUGUAGGGAGUUGCGAAAGGGUUUGAAACUGAGAUGUCUCAUAACGGGGUCUUGCGAGCGGGGCUGAGCAGCUUCUGAACUGAAAUUUUGCCAUUCUGAGUUUCUAGAGAACUGAAAAUUACGUCAGAAAAGGGGGGUCAUCAAAGCGGCACAUCCCCGUUCAACCAAUAUAUGUGAGUACCCCCCCCGGGGGGUACAAGCCUGGGGAGCGUUUCAUGAAAGGACUUGUCGGACGUUUUAUCCGACAAGUCCCAUUUUAUCCGACAGUUACCAUAGUAACAGUGCCUCACAGCCAAUCAGAGUCAGAGAAAGAUGUCAGACCUGACAACUUGUCGGACAAAAAUGUUGAUGAAACACUCCCCAGGCCACAGAAAACAAAACAGACCAGAAAAAGGAGAAGAAAAAUCUGUUAUGUUACAACCCCUUGUUACACAUAAGCAACAUCAAUACUGUCUCACCCCAGAAGAAAGGAGGAGAAAGUCACUGUGAUAUCUGUAAUUUCAUAAGUUUCCACGUUAGAUGAAGCCUACAAUUCAUGGGCGGAAAUCCCAGGGGAGACGUGUCCCCCCUACCCAAAAUAGUAGGGGGGACACAAUAUCGAAUGCCCCCCUACUAUUUUCGGUCUUUUACACGCUGUCUCAGCUCGUGAUGCAGACUUGGCUCGCAAGGCAAAACACAAAUCAAUGGAUUCUAUCUGUGCUUAUUUUAUGCUAUGUGCAUUGUUGUCACAAUAAGUGAACAGGUGAGCAAUCAGUUAAUUGCUGGUGCAGACUCGGCUUCGUGUUUACACAGAGAAAAAUUGUUGUGUUUGCACCAGCUCGCGGUUCUGAUCCUACUAUUCGAUUCUGCAUUGACUCUUAGUUCUGCUCCGCGAGCCAAUGGAGCGUGUAAACACGGUAUAUAUGUGGAACCAUAGGUUUCAGAAGUGCAUGAUUUAUGCCUGCAGUUAUUAUUAUCAAGCCAGAAUAUAAGGAUGAGACAAGAGAAAAACCUUGAGCAAGAUAUUUUGACAUUUACACUGUCUUUCAUUUUCUUAGUUGAAGUAAAGUGGAUAUGGCAUCACUAGAUGACAUUCAGGCUAAAUCUUGGGGUUCUUGUGUCAGUACAUACAAGUAAGUUGGAAUAUGGUAUAGCAUGACUUCACAUAGACAAAGAAAAUUGAAAAGAAAAUAUAUGAUGGGAAAAAAAUGUUUCAUUUCUGAUCAAUUUUCAAAUCAGUAUUUGAUGCUCAGAUUUGAUUGCUUUAGUAAAUUGCUUUUGUAAAUGAAUGAUUGAAAUAUGAAUAGAAGCUCAAUAUGAGAAAAGAGGACAAUGAUUUUGUUUAAUUUUUAUUCAAUGUUGGACAAAAAAGUUGAAUGUUCAUUUAUCGUUUUGCAAAAAUAACUUAUUUAUACACUUUUAAAUUAUUUCUACUCUUGCGAACUGUAUUCGUUACCAACAAAAUUAUCAUUUGUAGAAGCCCUUACUCAGAAAUUAUAAUUUGAGAUCUCCUUUUCUUUAAGAAAUACCAUUCAAGGAAAUAUGAAUAAAAGAAAGGGAGUUAGAGGUUGAGGGCAAGUGAUAAAGUGUGAUCUACUAUAUAUGAUGGAUUUAAUCUUACAUCACAAGUGCCUCUGAUUACUUUGUCAACCGAAAUUUGAAAGAUUUUCCAAGAAACUUUGCAAUGUUUAUUUGUGUCACUUCUUUUUGUGUUUUGUUGAAUGGAAUAUGAUGACUUUAGUCAUUUGCAGCUGAAUUUUAUAGAAUAAAUUACAAAAUAAUUA